GCCAUGGGGAGAGGGAGUGGAGCUGUGGAGGACGCAGCAGCAGCAGCAGCAUGAUCACCAGCUAGCUAGCUAAGCUAGUCUUCAUUCAGUCCAGUGGUAGUAUAUAUUAGCUGCUGCCAUUGCAGUUAGCGCCUUCGUCUUGGUUGCAGAGACCUUUGCUUCGACGGCGGUCUAGCUCUUGCUGCCUACCUACUAGUAUCUUGCUUGCUGCGUUGUCUUCUUCGAUCUUUCUUCUUCAUUGGUCAAAGGAGGGAUUCGCUACAAGAGGAGAGGUGGCUGGCAGAGUGAGUGUCACUGUGUCAGUGGUUUGAGUGAGUGAGUGAGUGUGUCCGAGUUUGAGGGAGGGAGGAGGCGGCGGCGCGGCAGUGAACCGGCCGGCCGAUGAGUUCUUGGCGCGGGAGAGGCAGCGAGAGGUACAGGAAGCUCCACGGUUCCAGGGCACCGCGCUGAUGGCGUCUGCUUGGUCUUCGUCGUCGUCAAUUCUAGUGGUGGUGGUAAUUGUGGCGGUUCUUGGCGGCGGCGCGGCGGGGGUGAACGAGACGACGACGGCGACGCUACGGGCGGGGCAGGAGCUGCGGAGGUACAGGAGGGUGCAGGCGCUGCUCCGGCGGCUCAACAAGCCGGCGCUCCGGACGAUCCAGAGCCCCGACGGCGACCUCAUCGACUGCGUGGCGGCGCACCUGCAGCCGGCGUUCGACCACCCAAGGCUGCGCGGCCAGAGGCCACUGGACCCGCCGGAGAGGCCGAGGGGGCACGACCGGUGGCGGCGGCCGAAUGACACGGCGGACGCCGGCGUCCAGCUGUGGGCGUCCUCGGGCGCGUCGUGCCCGGAGGGGUCGGUGCCGGUGAGGCGCGUCACUGAGGCGGACGUCCUCCGCGCCAGCUCCGUCAGGAGGUUCGGCCGGGUGCCCUCGGCGAGGCUCCGCCGCGACUCCGUCUCCGGCGGCCAUGAGCACGCGGUGGGGUACGUGGCCGGCGACGAGUACUACGGGGCGAAGGCGAGCAUCAACGUGUGGGCGCCCAAGGUGAGCACGCCGUCGGAGUUCAGCCUCUCCCAGAUCUGGGUCAUCGCCGGCUCCUUCGGCAACGACCUCAACACCAUCGAGGCCGGCUGGCAGGUGAGCCCCCAGCUGUAUGGGGACAACUCCCCAAGAUUCUUCACCUACUGGACGACGGACGCGUACCAGACGACGGGUUGCUACAACCUGCUCUGCUCGGGGUUCGUCCAGACGAACAGCAGGAUCGCCAUGGGGGCGGCGAUCUCGCCCACCUCCGGCUACAAGGGCGGCCAGUUCGACAUCAGCCUGCUCGUCUGGAAGGACCCGAACCACGGGAACUGGUGGCUGGAGUUCGGGUCGGGGGAGCUGGUGGGGUACUGGCCGUCGGUGCUGUUCAGCCACCUGGCGUCGCACGCGAGCAUGGUGCAGUUCGGCGGCGAGGUGGUGGACGCGAGGGCGGACGGCGGGGCGCACACGGCGACGCAGAUGGGGAGCGGGCACUUCGCCGGCGAGGGGUUCGGCAGGGCGUCCUACUUCCGCAACCUGGAGGUGGUGGACUGGGACAACAGCCUCGUCCCGCUCGCCGCCGGCUUCCACGUCACCGCCGACCACCCCGACUGCUACGACAUCCAGGGCGGCGUCAACGCCGUCUGGGGCAACUACUUCUACUACGGCGGCCCCGGCAAGAACGUCAACUGCACCUGACCUACCUCGCUCUUCUUCUACCUUAGCUUUCCACAAUUGGAGGAGGAAGAGGUGAUCCUCCAUACAUAUGUUCUUUUUCUUCUUCUUCUUCUUCUUCU